AUGGGUGCCGAGACUACCAACGACGAGACGGAGAAGCGUGUUGGCUUUGAGAAAGAGGAGGAUGCGCAUUCAAGCGGAAGUGACGAUGACUACCAAAAGGCUGUCGAGAGAACUGAGUGCAUCGUACACCAGUUCCUCGAAAGCCAGAGAAAAGCUCGAAACGCGGUAGCCUCCGCCAGCAACCAGGGUUCUCGGUCGAAUUCGGUAUCAAGCGCCUCGAAAGCCACCACGGACAACUACCACCACGGUCAUCCCACCUAUGAGAACUCUCAUCGACAUGUCGGUGCCUGUGAUGUAUCUGGGGAAUCGGGCAUGUCGAAGACUGUUGAGCCCAAGGGACGGCUCGCUAAGCAAAGAGCGUCCAUUUUGGCUGCCGAUAGCCCCGAAGGCAGUGACGUUGGCCAGGCCGACGAAAAGUCCUGGCGAUCCGAGAUUACCAAGUCUGCUUCGCAGAUCGACCUCACCCAUUCUGACGACGACGACGAGCUGCAUAGCCGACUACUCACCAAGAAGCAACUUAGUGAAAUGGCUUGGGGAGUCCGAGAGCUUAGCAGACGGCUCAGCAGUAUGCGCAUCAGAUUCCGCGUAAAGACGAUAUUUCUCCUGACCAAGAUCCACGAUGCGGAUCUGAUUGCGCGCACACGGGAACUAACCAAAUGGCUCCUGUCACAUGAGCGGGAUGUUGUGUAUACAGUCUACGUGGAAGAAAAGUUCAAGGACAACAAAAAGUUCAAUGCGACGGGAAUAGUUGAAGAGCUCAAGAAACACGUUGCCGAGUCAGGAGCAUCGAAACCUGGGACAAGCGAGGAAGGCAUAUCGAAGCGUCUUCGGUACUGGAAUGAAGACAUGUGUCGGAACCGGCCGCACAUGUUCGACUUUGUUAUUUCAUUGGGUGGCGACGGUACCGUACUCUACGCCAGCUGGCUUUUCCAGCGCAUUGUCCCGCCGGUGCUGAGCUUCUCCCUCGGCAGUUUGGGUUUCCUGACGAAAUUCGAUUUUGAGGACUACCAAAGCAUCCUCGAGAAUGCCUUCAAUAAAGGCGUUACAGUCAGCUUGCGGUUGCGGUUUGAGGGAACCAUCAUGAGGAGCCAGACGAGAAAACAGCUGGUGGACGGUGAAGAGAGCAGCUCAAGCCAAGACGACGACGGGCGAAAGCUUGACCUCGUGGAAGAGCUAGUGGGCGAGGAGAGGGAAGAUGAACACACCCACAAACCAGACGGAACUUUUGAGAUAUUGAACGAGAUUGUCGUCGAUCGUGGUCCAAAUCCAACAAUGUCGUACACUGAAAUCUUCGGUGACGACGAACACUUCACCUCCGUCUUGGCAGACGGCAUUUGCGUUUCGACCCCAACGGGCUCCACCGCCUACAACCUGGCGGCCGGCGGUUCACUCUGCCACCCGGAAAACCCCGUCAUGCUCGUCACUGCCAUCUGCGCACACACGCUCUCGUUCCGUCCCAUCAUCCUACCCGAUACCAUUGUUCUUCGUGUGGGCGUGCCCUACGACGCGAGGACCAACUCGUGGGCCAGCUUCGACGGUCGCGAGCGCGUUGAGCUAUUUCCAGGAGACUACGUGACGAUCAGCGCUAGCCGUUAUCCCUUUGCCAGCGUCCAGGCUCAGGGUCGGCGCAGCGAAGAUUGGGUCAACAGUAUCAGCGGCAAGCUAGGGUGGAAUACGCGCCAAAAGCAAAAGGAAUACAAAGAAUGGGAGAAGUAG